AUGUAUAACAACGGUUACAGCCCUCACAUACUUGCUAGCUCAAUUCCUCAAGCUGCGCUGCCAUCGCUUUCAGAGCUUUGCGGUGACGGGGUAGCCAGCACAAUGGCUCCAGCCGCAUUUAUCACAAAUCGAACCACCGUUAGAUCGAAACAUCAGAAGAGACUUCCACCACGAGUUAUCAGAAAGAUUGUCAGUCUUCCCUCGUUAGCUUGA